UGCUUUUACACAAAAUUUGUAAUUAACAAUUUAAAAUUUGUUAAAACCCAUGCAUAACGAAACUUGUGCUGAUUAUAAUUGAUAUGGCUGAAGAGCAGUCAAAAGCAGAUGCUGCCAAUCCCGCACCGACAUCUCCAGCCACUAACGAACCUGCUAAGACGCCAAUGAAGCCAAAUCCCCCAACGCUAUUCUCGGCAUCAGGCGCCGAUGAGGAAGAGCAGCAGACAGAAAAGGCGGUCCAGGCUGCUGCGUACAGCAUGCGACCGGCUUUUGGAGAAAUGUUUCCGCUGCCCAUUGUGAAGAACAUCAUGAACAGUGUCAUGGCCGAGAAACUCAAAGACAAGACAUACGACAAGGACGUGGCCAAGACAUGGACGCUCGAGAUAGCCGAUGAGGUGAACCAGAAAAUAGCCUCCAACCCGAAGGUGCGGCGCUACAAGCAUGUGGUGCAGGUGAUGCUUGGCCAGGAGCUCGGUGCGGGAGGUUUCUAUAAUUCGCGCUGCUGCUGGGACUGCGACUGUGACACCUCCGUCUCCGAGGUGUUCACCAAUACCAGCAUAUUCUGUGUGUGCACAGUCUUUGGCACCUAUCAGUACUGAAGCACACACUCACACACGGCCAGCAGGGACGAUGCACCAGAACUGAUUAGGAUAAGAAAAACCCUUAAUAUAUUUAUUCUUAGCACGUUUUGUUUUGCUUUGUUUUCUUGCAGAUUAGUAGGCACCAGGAAACAAGGGAACAAUGACCCAACUUCACUUUCGUUACUCGCGACCUUCGUCUUGCAUCAUUGGAUGCGCACAUUCAAUGGAUUCAGUAUGCGGCCCGCCAUCACCGCCACGUCCAGCUCUCGAUCGAUGAUGAAAAACAGAAACGGAUGGUUCACAGAUAUCUGAAUGGGUUUCGUUUGAGCACCGUAGUUGCCUGAGAUCAACAAAAUAAAAGGGGAAGUAGUUAUUGCACCUUUGUCUAGCAGCAGCUACUGUUGGCGCAAUCGAAAUUGCCAUCGCCAUCUCCAUCUCGCUGGAGUUGCAGGUGGGGCGUUUCGCUUCAAUGCCUUCGUUCAGGUGUGCUGCAACUGCAACUACUUACGCUUUAGUUGAUUGAUGGGAUGCGUACGAAUGUUUACGUCUAUGGAUUGCUCAAUGUGUCGCACGUAGACACCUUUCUCAUCAGUCAUGGGUCGAAAAUCGGCGCGAUUUGGCUCGAAGACAUCGCAGCUGCAACGAGAAGCAGACCAAAAGAAAGUAAAAGUGAGACGCAGCACUAAUGGCACGCAGCAAGCAGCUUACAUGCCCAUCUGUAAGACAACCAAAGCAUAAAUUAAUCACAAAUAAAUGUACAUUCAU